AUAUGCACAAAAUUGAGCACGCCCACUAUAUCAGCUGUUUAGGUUGAACAUGUAAGGAUCCACAAAACCAAAAAGAGGGAGGAACUGAGCAAAAGUGGGUGGAUACUAAAUCAAAGAAGAGGCAAGCUAUACUUCAAGAAAAGUGCUCUGUGACUCUCUGAGCACCAUGGCCACACACACACUGCUGAUGCUACUAGCCACACUGGUAGUCUUCCUAUACACUCCAAUAACCACACUUGCCCAACCUGAGAACACAGCACAGGGCAACUUUGAGGGAACAGACGGCUCCAAAUGCGUCUGGUUCGAGCUACGUCCUACGAAAGCUGAGACUGUACUCACGGCAGCCUGUCACUGUCGUAGCAGGGAGGGGGAUAUGCAGACCUUCAGUUGUCAGUACGAAGGUGACCUCACCAAUUGCUCUGCCUACAAGGAGGACUCGAGACUACUCUACGAGAGCAUCACCAGCAAGAUAGCUAGGGACCAUGGCAACGGCUGUGGAGCGGAGAAGGUGAUUGUAGAGGAGUGUGAAGGUGUGGAAUUAACAAAGGUCGAUAGAAUGCGUCAAAAGUCACCUUGCCACAGCGAAGAACGAGAUGAUCUAUAGCUUGCAUGUGAGCUAAACAUACGUAGCCAGCUAGAAGUAACUUAACAAACUACUUUUUAUAAAUUAUUAUUAUUGUUCUGAGAUACAUGUAUGUACACUGAAGUGUAGUUCACAUGUAUGUGUAUGGUACAAUCCCCCUCAUUGAGCAUUGUACCAUUUG